AUGGACCCAAACAAACUCUCCUCAAUUUCACUUAAAAGUGGUGCAAAGACAAUGAAAAAGAGGCGCAGACCAAGUACGUGCCAGUCACUCCCACAAUUUGUUAAAAUCAAUGACCACAUCCCCGCCUUAGUAAUCAACCACCCAGAUAAAAAAAUACGUAGCGUUUUAUUGUACAGUCACGACUCCACAGAACAGUUGGACCAAAUUCACCAAUCAUUGGUUGAAAUGGCUAUGCUGCUCCACUGUAAUAUCAUCGCUUAUGAAUUUCCGGGAUUUAGUGACGACUCAACAGACAAAUAUUCAGACUCAUUAACUGCAGAAACCAUUACAAAAGUGUUUGAAUACAUCAUCGACAUGUUAAACGUCCCAUCAACUUCUAUAAUACUCUUUGGAGUUGGUGCUGGUUGUGAACCGACUUUAUUUUUGGCUUAUAAAAACAGGAAAGAUCUACCAAUAGCUGGAGUAGUGUUAGUCAAUCCUGCAGUUUCCGUUUCAAAUGUAUUUUCCUCGUCGCCGCUCCACAAAACAAAAUACAUCAAACAAGUCACAGCCCCAGUUGGCAUUGUUGUUAGUUCCAAAUUGAGUGACAAAAAAGAAACUCGCCGGCUUUACUCGUUACUCAAGCACAAAAUCGGUUUAAAGGAGUUUCCAGGGCUGCCACAAGAACUUAUUCAGUUAAAUUACGACGAGUACAUUGACUCUAUCAUUGGGUACAUUGUCACCUUUCUGCCCGAACUUAAGAACCUCUUUAAUGGCGAAGAACUCGAAAAACUGAGACCAACCGAAUACCAAAACAACCCAAUCGAAGUCAUCUCACACUUUUUGUCUGGUGGCGGCUUAAAACAAUUUACUGACCUUUUUAUCAGUUAUGGGUAUUGUGAAAUUGAGUACAUUUUGGAGAUGACGUCCGACGAAAUUACUUAUAUGGGACUGAAUGAAAAAGACACCGAACAAGUAAAAAAACUCAUUACCGAAUACAAAGCAAAAAAAAUAGAGGAGGAAAAUAAGGCGUGCGCUCUGCGAUCCCUCCAAGACAAGGAAAGUGUAGAUGAGAGCAAAAGACCGAACUCAAACCCACCACAUUGCGACGAAGCAGCAACUAACAUUGCAAUGAAAGACUCUGAGAAGUCCGUGUCUUCACUGGACAACGAGAGAAUCACAGACAAAGAGAAAAAGAGCGAACAAAGCAUUAAAGCAAAAAGCCAUGAAAUCAGUCCAAUUAAAGACAAGAAAAUUGGGACCAUCAAAAAAUUGUUUAUGAAAAGUGAAAUAAAAAAGUGA